CGAGAAUAUCCCCCCUAUAUCAAGUUGUAUGUUCGUUGCUUUUUCUCUCUCACUUGUGGCACUUUUCUCCGCUUCUCCACGUUCUGCCCCGAUUCCCCGUUUCCUUGGUUCUCCCCUUCUGUCUUCUAUCUUUCUUCUCUUUCUCUCUUCUCUUCUCUUUUUCUCUUCUCUUUCCUGUGGAUUAUCCCACCUGAUCCCAAGCCCCUAUGAUCUUCUUGGCUUGGUCUUGAUCUACCCGCGUGACCCCCUUGGUCCUCAUUACAUCAUACGGCCAUGACUGCGCUGCUAGUCCCCCGCGAAAACCCUUCGCGUUUAUCCCCGGAUCCUCGCCGGUGUCCCACCGUGCAACGAUAUUUCCUGGGAGAUCAACUUGAUAGCAAGUUACCCAUGCAAGAUGCUUAUCGGGCAAGGGAUAACUCCCUCCCGUCCACUUUAUCCGCACCUCCCUCUCCAACUUUCAUGCCCGUUUCUCAGCCACGCGCCUACCCCAACAUAAAUAGUUUGCCUUUGGAAGAUGAACUUGUCCUUCCCUCUUACGACGAGCCUAUGCGCAAUGCUCUAGAGCCCGAAGAUGAGAGUGACGCCUCAACGGAAUCACACCCAGCCUGGGCGGCAGCCCCUGCUGUAGAUGACACUUCUAUCGAGGAUGAGCCCUCAAGACAUGUGGACUACCUGUCGCAUGACUGGAAGGAAGAAGAUAUCUGGUCCUCGUGGCGCUAUGUGACCAGCCGGAGGAAUGACUACAGUAAUGGAGUACGACUGGAGAAUGCCUCGUGGAGGACAUGGGCCAAAUCCAAGCACAAUCUAAAGACCGUCUCGCCGGAGAGCCUAAACUGGCUAAAAGAUUGUGAUGUCACCUGGCUCUAUGGCCCAUUGAAAAGUUCUGGCGAGCGUGCGACCCUUUCUCCUCCUCCCAGUCGCCUGGACACCCCGAACUCUUAUUUAGAUCGGAAACCGAUCUUGAAAAAAAAGACUGCUUCGGAGGCCAUCCUCCAGCGGUCCCUCUCCCAACAUACGUUACUCCAGCAUGCCGGAGCCAUUCUAAAAGCCCAAGAAGCUGAGAAUGGCUGGGCUCGUCCUCCCUUCCCGAGGUCUAAUACGGAUCUGGACCAGUUACAUCACCGGACCGGCAGCUCAACUUUCUCCCUAGGCGGUACUCUUACGACGUCGUCAUCCUCCGGCAUGGCAUCUCCGAUUGAACGCCGCCAUAUCCACUUCAACAAUGAAGUUGUGCAAUGCAUUGCGGUCGAAGCCAAGGGUUUCGACGAGUGGCCAGCAACCUUUGCCGAUGAAUCGUCCGAUGAUGGCGUGGUCAUGAUGAGGCAGAUCUCAAACCGGUCUCCCAGCACUCGCAGCACCCCUCGCAACAGUUUCAGCGAGAGUAAGACAAUCGCUCCCCUACCUUCUACCACCCUCAAGUACCGGGGUGACCCUCCAGAGCCUCGUCCCCAAACGAUACUAGGUCGUUGGUCCACCCCGAAUGCUUCCACAUUAUCACCCUCCCCCUCUGUAGAAACCCUGCGGCCAGAACCCUCGGCGAACUUCCUUUUAGACGAUGAUGAAGAUCCCAGUUUGGACUUUACGGGUAAUUACCCUGAUCGCGAUCGCCCUUGGUUUGUCGAGGACGAUGCUACUUCAGACCGUCCAUUGCGGUUGACUGCCUCGGGCAUGUUCAUGCCUGAAGGUGAAAAUGAAACGCCCAGCUCCAGCAUCUUGGAUCGAGUCGUGGACACUGUGAACACGGCACGAGAUAUUGCCCAUGUGAUCUGGAACGUGGGCUGGCGACGAUGAACCAGCCCGUACAUAAUGAAAGGGAAAAAAGGAGGCAUGAAGGUGUCCAAGCUGUAUAGGUUUCCCCGUGUACGGAAUAUAACGAAGUAAUGCCAUAAUAAAACAGCCUGAGAAUUUAAUAUAUAUCAUCUACACCC